AUGGCGCGUCAAUUGAUCUUCAUCACCGGUGCAACCGGUUUCAUUGGCAGUGCCACCGCCAUCGCAGCAGUCAAAGCGGGAUAUCGACUGCGAAUCUGUGUUCGAAAGCCCGCAGACAAGUUACAGGAUCUGCUGUCGGGGUAUAGCGACCAAGUGGAAUAUGUUACUGUUUCCGAUUGGACAGCCGAAGCCGAAUUCAGAGGGCAGUUGGAUGGAGCAGACUAUGUCAUCCAUCUCGCACAUCCUAUUCCCAGCGGCACCGAUAAAGAGUACUAUUUCACUCCAGCUGUGAAAGCAACGACUGCCUUGCUCAAGGAGGCUGCUCGAGUGCCAAGUAUCAAGAAGGUUGUGGUCACCUCAUCGAUUGCGGCCUUGAUGCCCCUGAACGGAAUACCAACCGGCGGUGUCGUCAAAGAGGACAACGACUGGGACUUUGAUGUAGAUGAGACUGAAGACUUCGCAGCAUCUAACGACCCACGAGGAAUACCCAUGCGGUUGUACCAUGCAUCUAAACUGCUCGCCAAUAAAACAGUAUGGGAGUUCCAGAAGACCGCAAAACCGCAGUACGCCUUGGUAACAAUCCAUCCUGUGUUUGUGUACGGACGCAACCCGGCGCAGACUACUGCUGAGGAGAUCCAAGAAUCCUCAAAUGGUCUCCUGUGGUAUGCUAUCAUGGCAGGCAUCCCUCACCACUCUUACUCUCGGGUUCCUGCUGUGCAUAUUGACGAUGUUGUUGAAGCCCACCUCAAGGCCCUGGAUCCAGCCAUCCCAGACGGGUCGAGGUAUCUGCUGUCGGCGAAGGGCGGGACCUGGAAAGAGGUGGCGCAGAUCAUUCAGCAGAACUAUCCAGGUCUUGGGGCAAAGAUUACACCAGACAUUGAGGAAGAGUUUCUCUCGACAGAUAGUAGCAAAGCAGAAGCAGAGUUGGGGCUGCAAUGGCGUUCAUGGGACCGGAUGGUGCGGGAUGUGGUAGACCAGCAACUGGAGUUUGUAAAAGGUUGA